UUCCUGCACAUGGGAAAGGAGGAGUGCCACUUCAUCAACGGCACCGAGCGGGUGAGGUUUUUCGAGAAGCUCAUCUACAACCGGGAGCAGCAAGCGCACUUUGACAGUGAUGUGGGGGUCUUUGUGGGGGACACCCCGUUUGGGGAGAUCCAGGCCAGGUACUGGAACAGCCAACUGGAAUGGCUGGAGUACAAACGGUCUAUGGUGGACAGGUACUGCUGGCACAACUACGAGGGGUUCACCCCGUUCAGCAAGGAGAGGAGAGUGCCCCCCAGCGUGUCCAUCUCGCUGGUGCCGUCGAGCUCCCAACCUGGCCCCGGCCGCCUGCUCUGCUCCUUGAUGGAUUUCUACACUGCGCCGGUGCAGGUGAGGUGGUUCCAGGAUGGGCAGGAGCUGCCGGAGCACGUGGUGGCCACCGACGUGGUCCCCAACGGGGACUGGACCUACCAGGUGCUGGUGAUGCUGGAAAUCCCCCCCCGGCGCGGGGUCACCUACAGCUGCCAGGUGGAGCACGUCAGCCUGGAGCACCCCCUCAGCCGGCACUGGGAGAUGCCACCGGACACCGUCCGCAGCAAGACCCUGGUGGGGGUCGGGGGCUUCGUCUUGGGCUUGGUCUUCCUGGCGCUGGGGCUCGGCUUCUACCUGCGGGAGAAGAGCUCCUGAGCCGCCGGCGGCCGCAGCCCCUCCCCGUGGCCUCGGGCCCAGCCGGGACCCCCCAGUCCAGCCCUGCCCACACUUUGGGGGAGUCGUGUGUCCCCCCCGGCCCUGCUU